AUGGCGAACUCCUACAAUUCGCUGUACUUGAGGUACGGAGGGGUCGCCAGCGGGUGGAUCUCGCUGCAGUCCUCCGACGGCGGGCUCGUCUGGGUCGAGCGGGUGGGCGACGAGGCGCUCCAGCAGGCGCGCGAGGAGUUCGCGGCCCAGGAGGAGAGGCACCGGGUCGAGGACGUGGACGCCGCCUCGGAGCAGGGCGCGGGCCCCGAGAGCACCCGCGCGGCAGAGGCGGGCGGCGGAGGAGUUGCGGACGAUGCUGGUUCGGUCGAGAUUAUUUCUGAUGUGCUACAAGCAGAGCAGGACCCGGACGACUACGUGGCCCUGCUCGCGGGCCGCAUGGCCGCCGCGGAGGCCCAUUGGGCGGAGGCCCGCCUCGCAGAG